AUGCGAUUAGUCGAAUAUGCUAACGAGCCGUUGCGUGCAUUAUGGAUAUCAUACGACAGAAGCCUGGAUGCGGGGCCAAACGAGAAUGACAAAGUUCGACCUACCAUAGCCAAUUCAAAGAAAGGUGACGAGGCAAAGACCGAAGAGGCAAUGCAGACAGAGGAAACUGCGAAGAAUCGUACGGUCGUUACUCGUGCAAAACUAUUGAUGAUUACAAGAGCCUACGCAUCUUGGGAGAGGCGCUUAUGGGAUGCAUACAAUGCGAAAGAAAA